AUGGACACCGGUAGUUUGUUACUUUGGGUUCAUUGUGGCUUUAUUAUUGGUGGUGAAGAAUCACCAGCUCCAUUAUACUGCUAUGCAGAAUCUUCAUCAUAUGUUGAAGAUGUGUAUUGUGGGACAUCUGUUUGUGAUCUUAUGAUUCUUAAAGGCAAAUGUGGUGUCUCGACGAGGAGAUGUGAGUAUACUUAUUCUUAUGCAACAGGUGCAGAUAAGGUUCGUGGAGUUCUUGGGCUUGGACAACGAGCUGUUUCUUUGGUUUCUCAACAAAAUUAUACAGGAUUUUCAUAUUGUAUUGGUAAUAUAACUGAUAUAGAAUAUGAUUCAAACGCAUUAACUUUGGGAGGUAAGCCUAUAAUUGAAGGAGCAUCCACUCCCAUGUUUAUGGUUAUAGGCAAAUACUACAUAACUUUAGAAAAGAUCAGUGUAGGGGACAAGUUUCUUGACAUUGAUCCAAUCAUAUUCAAGAGGAUCGAUCACCAAGGUGGAAUGAUUGUUGAUAGUGGGGCCACUUCGAGUUAUUUGCCUGAGAUAGCUUACAAGAAACUGAAGGAAGAAAUUAAAUCUGUGAUUGGUACGACGUUAGAAGAAUUUAUAAGCAACAGGCCAGACGAGCUUUGUUACUAUGGAAUUGUCACUCGGGAUCUUAAAGUACUUCCAACUAUAGCAUAUCUUUUUUCUGAAAAUGCUAAAAUGGAGUUUAGUGCUGACAAUUUAUUUCGACAAGAUCGCGUUGAUCAUUUCUGCUUGUCUAUACAAAUUUCUGAAAGUAAGAAGAUGCCUUUUAGCAUACUUGGAGUUUGGGCACAACAAUAUUUCUAUGUUAGCAUUGACUUUAACACAAUGAGGAUGUCCUUCACUAGGAUAGAUUGUAACCGUCUGUUUGAUUGA